AUGUUGAACACUGAUAGGAUUGUGGGUUUUAAUCCAGAUGACCUCAAAAAUAGGCUGGUUGAUUUUUUUAAAGAAAAGCAUACUCUCACAGUCCUAGAGAUUGUUGUUGCGUUUGAUGGGUAUAGCUAUAAACAUCAAAUCGAACCAAUUCUCCGCGAGAUUGCGGAUUUCGACCACACCACACAAACAUGGACACUAAAGAGUAGUCCGUCAUCAACUAGUUCGUCAUCAUCGAAUACUCUCAAACAUUCGCUCGUUUCUGACCAACCAGAAGGUUCAAACAUCAAGAAACUACGAAACAAUCCAGAGAGCGAUGAUGAAGAAGAGCUGGAUGAUUUUUAUGACGAAGAAAACAAUGAUGACUAUGAGAACGGUGUUGAUGAAGAGCAAGAAGAAACUGAUGAAAACGACAACAGUGAUGAUGAAAAUGAUGAUGAGGUGCCACCCGAUGAAGUAGAAGAAAUUGAUGAAGACAGCAACAUUGCAAUGAUGAAUUAUGUUAUUUCAAAUCCUUCCUAUCAAUCGUCCAAGCAUCAUCAACCCUUUUAUGAUACAAAUGAUGAUAAUGAUGGACAAUUGAAGACAUGGUUUUGUGACAUUCAAAUUAUAACCAAGCAGUACUACUCAUCCCAACAAAAUCUUCUCAGUCGCAAUUCAGUAUCACAACAACACAUUUUCAUGAAACGCAUUAUUUGUCCGCUUCCCAAAAUUAUUCCCUUGAGAACUGAUUUUUCUCACAAAAGUACAAUAGUUGCUGCACGCUCCCAUAUAGAUAGUCUCGCCAUUGAUGUCCAUAACCAGCUAGUGUUUAUGUCAGAUUUUAUAACUUCCCGAUUAAUCAUUUUUGAUUUACAGAAAAAAGAAAUCAAAGCUUCUGUGGGCCCCCCAACGAGAAAAUUCAACUGCAUACUUAAGAUUUGUGAAAAUGACAAUUCAAUUUAUGACCUCGGGAAUGAAAAGUUAACUAAACACAAAUACAACGUUACCAAAAUAAUAGCAGGAUGUAAUGAAAAUAUAUUACAAC